UCUACGCAUAUAGCUCGUAUUUUUUGAUCAGGUGCAAGUAUCUAAUCUGCAAAUUCUGGCCGUAAAUCUGAUCUUCUAGGUUCCACAAGCGGGUGCAAUUGACAUAGAUAUGUGAUUGCCCACAUGAGGAACAUCAUAGCCAACGACAGUGACACCGUGCUUCUCCAAACACUGGAAAUUGUUAGUUUUUGCAAAACAGCAGAGAUAGGUACUUACGUCUGGUUUGCUUUAGGUGCAUAUCUCCAGAACACUGCCCCCACGGCAACGGUGACAAUUAAAGUCCACACAACGGUCCAUCUAAAUAGUUAGGGUCUUGGUCUCGACAUGGUUCUGUUCGCACUUA